AUGACUUCCGCCAAAGAGCCAUUCCCGGCUUUAUCACAGUCUGUGACGAACAAUGAUGACAAGGCCGAUUCAUUCAUUCAACAGGAUCCGGAUGCAGACGAAGAGUUUACGAUUGCUGAACAGCGGAAGAUAAUACGAAAGGUGGACAGACGCCUGCUAGUUCUGCUGGGGUUGAUGCAGGCAGUUUCAUUUUUGGAUAGAGCGAAUAUUUCCAAUGCGGCUGUUGCAGGAAUGACAAAAGCGCUUGGGCUCGGCAUUGGAGCGCGUUAUUCUAUCGUCCUCCUCGUCUUCUUCGCCCCAUAUGUUGUUCUACAAUUUCCUGCCUCUAUUGCUGUUCGAAAUAUUGGGCCUCGGAUCUUCCUAUCGACAAUUGUAUUUCUAUGGGGUAUAGUGAUGAUCUGCUUCGCCUUCGCUCAGUCAUGGAAAUCUCUCAUACCCCUCCGGAUGAUCAUCGGUGCACUUGAAGCAGGGUGUUUUCCAAGCCAGUACUAUCUCAUAUCAUCGUGGUAUUCUCGCUAUGAUUUAUACAAGAGAACAUCAAUUUUCUAUCUGAUUGGUGUUCUUGGGUCUGCUCUCUCAGGUGUUCUUGCUCUCGGUUUUUCGAAGAUGGAUGGGCUAGCAGGCUACAGUGGCUGGCGAUGGAUCUUCAUUAUAGAGGGCAUCAUCACCUGCCUCAUCGGAUUAGCCGGGUAUAUAUUCAUGGUUGAUUUCCCGGACCAAGCACAUAAGACAUGGGGAUUCCUCACGGAGCGCGAAGGAGCCUAUAUCAUCCGCCGGAUCAAUCGCGAUCGCCAAGACGCAGGAUUGGACCAUUUCUCGUUCGCCAAAUUCCUCAGGCCUGCACGCGAUUUCAAAGUCUGGGGCUUUGCAAUGAUAUUCUUGUGCACAACGAUGCAAGCAUACUCGAUCGGCUACUUCCUCCCUGUUAUCCUUGAGACAGAGAUGGGGUUCUCUUCCGCUACAACACAAGGCCUCAGCACACCACCCUAUAUUAUCGCCAUGAUCCUCAUGUUCUUUCAGGGCUAUAUUAGUGAUAAGAUACACCUCAGGUACCCCGUACUCUACUUCAAUUCCUUAGUAUCCAUCGCUGGGCUGUGUUUGAUGGUCUGGACUUCGGCGCCGGGUGUCCAGUACUUUGGUGCUAUUCUCACGACGAGUGGGUGCAGCGCCAACUUGCCCACCGUGAUGGUAUUUCAGGCGAACAAUAUUCGGGGAGCGUGGAAACGGGCAUUUUGCAGUGCGAGUAUGAUUGGGCUUGGGGGUACCGGUGGGAUCGUUGGGAGCCUAGUUUUCCGGUCGCAGGAUGGGCCCAAAUAUCUUCCUGGAAUUUGUGCCUCUUUGACGUGA